AUGGCCGCCGGAAGCGCGCGCUAUGUGCGCUACAUCCUCAUAACCUUCUUCAUCCUCGCAGUAUUUUACUUUGUGUCGAACUCGGCAGACGUCACCACGCUGAGGACACACCUUCCCAAUACGAACCCAGCAGCCGGUGGCAACAGCGAUUCGACAGCUGCCGGAGCCUCCCCGAACGAAGCUAAAGUUAAGACCAACUAUGACGCCUCGAAGUUUCCCAUGGCGAUGACGCCCAAUGACCCAGGCUGGAACGACUUGGCGGGCAUUAAGGAAGGCCCGCGGAUGAAUGCCACGUUUGUGACGCUGGCCCGCAACUCCGAUGUGUGGGAGAUUGCAAAGUCGAUCCGCCAGGUCGAGGACCGCUUUAAUCGGCGGUACAACUACGACUGGGUCUUCCUCAACGACAAGGAGUUCGAUGACACGUUCAAAACAGUGACGACCUCGCUUGUGUCCGGCAAAACCCACUACGGACUGAUUCCCAAGGAGCAUUGGUCCUUCCCGGAUUGGAUCGACCAGGACAAGGCCGCGAAGGUGCGCGAGGACAUGAAGGAGCGGAAGAUCAUUUAUGGCGACAGCAUCAGUUACCGCCACAUGUGCCGCUUUGAGUCGGGAUUCUUCUUCCGGCAGGAGCUCAUGUUGAACUACGAGUACUACUGGCGUGUUGAGCCGAGCGUGGAGCUCUACUGCGACGUCCACUACGACCCCUUCCGUUACAUGCACGAGAACAAGAAGAAGUACAGCUUCGUACUUAGUUUGUACGAGUAUUACGACACCAUUCCGACCCUGUGGGACAGCACCAAGAAGUUUAUAAAGAACCACCCCGAGCACAUCGCCGCGGGUAACUCGAUGGGCUUCCUGAGUGACGACGGCGGCGAGACGUACAACAAGUGCCACUUCUGGUCCAACUUUGAGGUUGGUAAUCUCAACUGGCUCCGGUCCAAGCCGUACAUCGACUUUUUCGAGAGCCUGGACCGGGACGGCGGCUUCUUCUACGAGCGCUGGGGCGAUGCACCCGUGCAUUCAAUCGCGGCUGGAUUGAUGCUACCGAAGGAGGAGAUUCACUUCUUCAACGACAUUGCCUACUUCCACGUGCCAUUUACCCACUGCCCGACGGGUCAAAAGACACGGACGGACCUUAAGUGUCACUGCAACCCAGACGAAAACUUUGACUGGAAGGGCUAUUCUUGCACUUCUAAAUUCUUCGAGAUCAACGGCAUGGAAAAGCCCGAGGGCUGGGAUCAAGAGGGAAAAGACUGA